AUGCAUGGUGACCUUUUUGUGGAAGGGACAGAUUACUCGACCUUCUCCUCCCUCACCGUCUCUCUCUCUCUCUCUCUCAAGCCCGAGUCAUCUCUCACUGUGGCUCAUUGCUCUCGCACCAAGCUCGCUCCCUCUCUCGGCUCCAGUCUCUCACUGUCUGGUGUCGCACUCAAAUCGUCGUCGCUCUCUUGGCUCCGGUCUCUAUCACGGUCUCUGGUCUCGCACUCAGUCGCGCUCGCGCGCCUUCCCUACCCUCGUUGUCGCCGGAGGCAGAAGCAGCAGGUCCUGGGACUGGUCAUCUUCGUCGUACCCUGUCUCGUCACCGUCUCACAGUCAGUCCCGCACCUUCGUUGCGCUCGUCGUUGCCGGAGGCAGAAGCAACAGGUCCCGGGGAUUCCUCCUUGCCGCCAGCUUCCUUCGCACAACCAGAAGCUGGUCCCAAUUUGCUAUCUUACAGGGAUGAGGAGUUGGAUGCUAUUAUACUCUCUGCUUGUACAGCAAUCUUACAUCUGAAGCACUUAAAUGACUUGAACAUUCUUGAAAAUCAAGCUGUUGUUGAUAACUUGAGGAUUGCUUCGUAGCUUGCACUUUUCAUGUCAGAUCAUUUUAGAAGCAGUAGUACAAGUGCUAUUGCAAAAAGGUCACGAAAGUAUGUGCCUGCUUCAAACUACA